CACAAACCUAGAAGCCACCAUUUUCCAAAGCACCAGACUUCCAUCUCUGUCCCCCUUUCCUUUUUCUUUCUCUCUCCAAAGUCUCCAUCUUGCCUUCAUGUCCACUGCAAGGUAUGAUGAAUUCAUGCUUAUAGUUUUGAGCAAAACUAGCUAGUACUCAAAGGAAUCACCAAUUAGCUAGCUAGCCAAUGAUCCAAUCACAUUUCCCAUGAUCAUCAAUCCAUGCAUCCCAUAGUAUACUAGAGCAGGAAUUAAUCAGCAAAAACCACUAUCACUGGCAGCUAGCUAGCCUCAUCAGUUGAUUGGCAAGACCACCAGGAUCAGGUAGGGAGGAAGAUAAAGAGGGAGUCGUCGGCGGCGGAUGCGGCGGACGGGAGAACAACAAUGAUGGCGAGGAGGAGCUGCAGCAUGCCGGCGGCGGGCGCCGGGCCGGGGUCGGCGGCGGCGGCGGUGAACACGAUAACGCCGUGCGCGGCGUGCAAGCUGCUCCGGCGGCGGUGCGCGCAGGAGUGCCCCUUCUCGCCGUACUUCUCGCCGCUGGAGCCGCACAAGUUCGCCUCCGUGCACAAGGUCUUCGGCGCCAGCAACGUCUCCAAGAUGCUCCUGGAGGUGCACGAGAGCCAGCGCGGCGACGCGGCGAACAGCCUGGUGUACGAGGCCAACCUGCGGCUGCGCGACCCGGUGUACGGCUGCAUGGGCGCCAUCCUCACCUUGCAGCAGCAGGUCCAGGCCCUCGAGGCCGAGCUCGCCGCCGUCCGCGCCGACAUCGUCAGGCACAAGUACCGCCUCCCCUCCGCCGCCGCCGUGCUCCCUUCCUCCCACGCCUCGCACCUCCUCGCCGCCGCCGCCGCCGCACGCCAGCUGCCCGUUGCUGGCACCAUGGGGGUAGUGACGACGGCGACGCUGCCGGCAUCGGCGUCGUCGUCGUCGACGACGGCGGUGUACGCCGCCGCGUCGAGCUCCACGGACUAUAGCUCCAUCACCAACGAGAAUGUCCCCUAUUUUAGCUGAGCUUUCUGCUAGUAUUAAUUGAGGUUUUUUUUUUCUUCAGUGUAUUUUUGUCUUUUGCUUUUAUAUAUGUAGACUGUGUGAAAAUAUCUCAGAAUAAAAGGGUUCUUUUUUCUCUGGGAGAGUAAA